AAUUGAUCCGGUUUUUGACCCUAGACGCAGGGCGUGUCAUCGUCUGCGCAACUGUCACGUAUAAAUGCUGCGCGAGCGCUCAUCUCGGCACACUGACGAACAAACACCCGACAUGGCAGUCAAAAUCACAACCUUCUUCUGCAUGGUAGCAGCGGCCGCGGCCGGGGUCGUGGACGUCGCCCCCGCGGCAGUCCAGGUCGCGCCAGCCACCAAGGUGGUCUACGAGGAGCCCGAGGCCCCCGCCCAGUACGAGUACGAGUACUCCAUCCACGACCAGCUCUCCGGAGACUCUAAACAAGCCAAAGAGAACCGCAAUGGAGAUGCUGUCCACGGAUUCUACACUCUCGUUCAGCCCGAUGGCGUGCAGCGCAUCGUGGAGUACACUGCUGAUAAGAUCCACGGGUUCAACGCUGUGGUUCGCUACGAGGGAGUGCCCCAGAAGGUUGCGUACGCGGCUGCCCCCGCCCCGGUAGCCUACGCUCAGCCGGUUGCCAAAGUUGCCUACGCGCCUGCUUCAGCUCCAGUGGCUUAUGCCCAACCUGUCGCCAAAAUAGCCUACGCUCCUGCACCAGUUCAAGUGACUUAUGCUCAACCUGUUGCCAAAGUAGCGUAUGCCCCGGCGCCGGCACCAGUGGCCUAUGCCCAACCCGUCGCCAAAGUAGCCUACGCUUCUGCACCAGCUCAAGUGGCUUAUGCUCAACCUGUUGCCAAAGUAGCGUAUGCCCCGGCGCCGGCACCAGUGGCCUAUGCCCAACCCGUCGCCAAAGUAGCCUACGCUCCUGCACCAGCUCAUGUAGCUUAUGCUCAACCAGUUACUAAGGUAGCCUAUGCCCCAGGGCCAACCUACGCGCAACCCACCGCGUACGCACAACCAGCUCCCGUGGCCUACGCCCAGCCCGUCGCUAAAGUCGCGUACGCACCUGCUCCCGUGGCGUACGCCCAAGCCCCGGCCGCUCACCACGUGGCCUACGCGCCGGCCCCUCACGCGUACCCCGCCCACGUCGGCCAUGUCACCUACUCAUCGCCAGCUGUCUCAUACCAACAUUAAGUAAUUGUUAAGUUAAUAUUUAUUUUAAUACAUCACUAUAGCCAAUUGAUCGAA